GGAGGAGAUGUAAUGAGUCUGGUAUGGGCAGCUCAGAGCAGGAAUCACUCAUUCUGCUUGUAUCUGCUCUGAGCUGCUUCAUCCUGACUGCAACAACAGGUUCAACGCUGCAAAAUCUGAAAAUGCUGGACCUGUCUGCCGCAUUACUUCUUGUCCUGGCUGCUCUCCCUUGCCUCCAGGCAAAUGAUAUUGCAGAUAGCGAUAAACAGUUUUAUUAUGACUACGAAUCCCUGAAGAUUGCAGGACUGAUAAUGGCUGGGGUGCUCUGUGCUUUGGGCAUUAUUAUUUUAAUGAGUGGAAAAUGCAAAUGUAAAUUCAACCAAAAGAAUGACCGAAGGAAUCGAGCACAGGAACCGCAAAUAAUCACUCCAGGGACCGCCAGUCAUUGCUAAGAGAUCUUCUGCUUAAUGAAGGAUUUUGUAACUCCAUGCAUUCGUUUUCCUGGUCUCUCAUGACAUCCAACACCUGCCCCUCUCCCUUGUUUAUAUAAAAUAUGUAUAUUUUUUGUUUU